CAGUCACACAAGAAGGAAUCAUAAACAUCCUUCUUGGGCAUUGAAAAAUGACCCAAAAAAUCAAUACUUUCUCUCUCCUAUUUUCUCUCUCAUCAAUUCAUAUUUCAUCAUCACUCAAUAGUACCACUACUCCUAUGUAUUUGCUUUUUGGGGAGGAGGGUAUUUAAUGUUGUUGAUCUUUUAUACUCAGUUUGAUCAGAGCAACAAGAACCCUUUUAGUUAAAAGACAUCACCAUUCCAUUAAUAGCAAGCACUAAUUGAUAUUUGGAGCUCUUUCCACCCUGCAAGUAGAAGAAGCUAUGGGUGGUACAGUACAAGUUGUUGGUUGUUUGGUGGUCAAAGAUUAAAGCUUUUGUAUAUUCUUUAUCUUGCUAAUGGGGUUUCAAGUGAUUCUCAGGUUGACCACAUUCUUGAUUUUGUCUCUUGGUGGUGACUGUUUGGCUCUUGGAUCUGUUGAUCACGGUGUUUCGCGGGGGGCAUUAUCUCCCACCAGUGUAGCUCCAGAUAACUAUAACAAACACUCUCCCUCAAAGCAUCAUGCAACAAAAUGGAUAAAACGAGGAUUUAGGCCGUUUUCUAGCAUCUCGUAUCAUAGAUACCAUCAUGAAAGAUCAAAACCUGACCAUGUUGCCCCUACACCCUUGUAUUACAUCCCACAAGGUCCUGCACCAGCACCAUUUGAUCCAACAAGCCGAUUCGGACCUGCAAUAUCUCCAUCAUUGACCAAGAACUCUGCUGCUCCACCCACUUCAGCUUUCGCGUUACCUCCACCACCACCUAAUGAAGAUUGUGCAACAGUGACUUGCACACAGCCAUUGACAUACACACCAGCAGGAUCAGGUUGUGCCUGUGUCUGGCCAAUUGAAGUCAAACUACGCCUCCUGAUAUCUCCAUACACCUUCUUCCCAUUGGUCUCCGAACUUGCUAAAGAAAUCGCCACCAGCGUUUCCCUCAAUGUUACUCAAGCUCGAAUCAUGGGAGCCAAUGCCGCCGGUGACCAGCUCGACCAAACCAUCGUUCUAGUCAAUCUAGUUCCCCUAAAACAAAAUUUCAAUUUCUCCACUGCAUAUUCAAUCUACCAAAAGUUCUGGAGGAAACAAGUUUCCAUCAGCAAAGCUCGAUUUGGAUCAUAUCAAGUCGUACACAUCCAAUUUCCAGGGCUUCCACCAUCUCCGCCUUCAAAUUCCGCUGUAACAUUCGAUUCUAAAGGAUUGCCGUCGAAGCCAUUUGGAGCAGCCAUACCUAGAGAGAAUAAGAAGACGAAGAAGAAGAGUAAGCUGAACGGAAGCAUAAUCGCUGUGGUUAUUAUAUCUUCUGUCACAGCUUUUGUUCUUCUCAUCGGAGCUUUUUGGCUUCUGUUGUUGAAAAGUGGAUGCUUUUCUUCGUCCCUGGGGAAACCGUCAGCUGAAACUCGAUUAGGGACUGGGGAAUCGUUGAUAGUUGGUUCAGAAUCGAUGUCGUUUAGCUCGAGUUUAGCUGCAUACACUGGCACUGCAAAGAUAUAUAGCUUGAGUGAGAUUGAAAGAGCCACCGAUAAGUUUGAUUCCCGUAGGAUACUUGGAGAAGGUGGUUUUGGUGUCGUUUACAGUGGCGUUCUUGAAGACAGACGCAAAGUUGCUGUGAAGGUUCUUAAGCGAGACGACCGGCAGGGAAGUCGUGAAUUCUUGGCUGAAAUCGAGAUGCUGAGUCGUCUGCACCACAGAAAUUUGGUGAAGUUGUUUGGAAUCUGCACAGAAGAUCAUUUUCGAUGUCUGGUUUAUGAGCUUGUUCCGAAUGGAAGUGUCGAAUCACAUUUACAUGGUGCUGACAGGCUCGCCCCUCUGGACUGGUGUGCAAGGAUGAAGAUCGCUCUAGGUGCAGCUCGUGGUUUAGCGUAUUUGCAUGAAGAUUCAAACCCACGAGUCAUUCAUCGCGACUUCAAGUCCAGCAAUAUUCUACUUGAAAAUGAUUUUACACCAAAAGUUUCGGAUUUUGGUUUGGCUAGAACGGCGUUGGAUGAUCAUAAACACAUAUCAACUCAUGUUAUGGGAACUUUCGGCUACCUAGCACCAGAAUACGCCAUGACAGGGCAUCUUCUGGUGAAAAGUGAUGUCUACAGCUAUGGUGUGGUUCUUCUGGAGCUUCUAACAGGAAGAAAGCCCGUGGAUCUAUUGCAGCCACCGGGCCAAGAAAAUCUCGUCACGUGGGCCCGACCACUGCUCACAAACAAGGAGGCACUAGAGUCAAUCAUCGACCCAAACAUCACAAACUCAAACAUCCCAUUUGACAGCGUACUCAAAGUUGCAGCCAUAGCAUCUAUGUGUGUGCAACCAGAAGUGUCGCAUCGCCCGUUCAUGGGUGAAGUGGUUCAAGCCCUGAAACUUGUGUGCAAUGAGUUUGAUGAAAUAAGACAACUUACACCAUCUACAAGUUACAACCAUGAUUCUGAAACGAUGGAUUUGGGUUAUGAUUCAAAGAUUGGAUUUUCUGCCACGGAUUUGAGGAGUACAACUGAGAGGGUUGGGGUUUUGGAGUCCGAAUCAUUCAGACGAGAGUUCAAUUCAGCUCCUCUGCAAAAGGGGAGAAAGAAGCCCUUCUGGCGACGAUUAAGAGGAAGCGCGAGUGAUGAUCAUGGGUUUUCGUCCAAUUUGUGAAGAUAUCAAGUUAAGAAUUUGUUCAAGAUUGAUAAUAAUGGUGAUGAUUGAUGUACAGAUUAGAUUUCUUGAUAUAAGGGCAUAAUAUAUUUGCCAGAUCUGUUUGAUUCACUUGUUGAUUUCCAUUUUCAUAUCAUAAUAUAUUUAUGUUGUGUUCUUGAGUU